AUGGCCGGGGACAGCGAGCAGAGCCUGCCGGGCCCCGGGCCCCCCAGCGGCGGCGACCAGCCCUUCCUCAUCGGGGUCAGCGGCGGCACGGCCAGCGGCAAGUCGUCCGUCUGUGCCAAAAUCGUUGAGCUGCUCGGGCAGAACAAAGUGGACCAUCGACAGAAACAGGUGGUGAUUCUGAGCCAGGAUAGCUUCUACCGGGUCCUCACCACGGAACAGAAGGCCAAAGCCCUCAAGGGCCAAUUCAACUUCGAUCACCCAGAUGCCUUUGACAACGAGUUGAUCGUCCAGACCCUCAGCAAGAUCGUGGAGGGGAAAACAGUCCAGAUACCCGUCUAUGACUUUGUCUCCCACUCCCGCAAGGAAGAGGCCGUGACAGUGUACCCUGCAGACGUGGUGCUUUUUGAAGGCAUCCUGGCCUUCUACAGCCAGGAGGUCCGGGACCUGUUCCAGAUGAAACUCUUUGUGGACACAGAUGCAGACACCCGGCUCUCUCGCAGGGUUCUCCGGGACAUCAGUGAGCGGGGCAGGAACCUCGAGCAGAUCUUAACUCAGUAUAUUUCCUUCGUCAAGCCAGCCUUUGAAGAAUUCUGCUUGCCCACUAAGAAGUAUGCUGAUGUCAUUAUUCCCCGGGGGGUGGACAAUCUUGUGGCCAUUAACCUGAUUGUACAGCACAUCCAAGACAUUCUGAAUGGAGGCCUGGGCAAACGCCAGCUCAACGGGCACGUGAACGGCUACACCCCUCCCCGCCAGCGACAGCUCUCGGAGUCGAGCAGCCGGCCGCACUGAUGUCAGGCCUGCCGGGAGGCUGCGCAAAGCUCUCCUCCUUAGGAACUGCAUCUUCUUGGCUCCAGCCGUGCACUUAAG